AUGCGUCCCUAUUCCAUAAAGAUAUACAUACAUAGAUACAUAAAGAUACUUCGUGAGUUGUAUAGCAACUCCACAACCAAAAUUUCCCCACUCUACAAUGAUGUCGUAAUCUACGUGAAGAAAGGGGUUCGUCAGAGUGACACAAUUUCACCCAAAAUAUUCUGUGCCAUUCUCGAGAACGCGGUACGAGGAUUGGAAUGGGAUGACAUGGGAGUGAAAGUUGACGGCCGGCAUUUACACCAUCUUCGUUUCGCUGAUGACAUCGUUCUUAUAACAUCAAAUAUCAAUCAGGCGGAACAGAUGCUGGUCGAAAUUGAUGAAACGUGUAGAAAGAUCGGUCUUCAGCUGAACCUAGACAAGACGAUGUGUAUGAGGAACUUAUGGGUUCCUGGGUUCCUGAUACCCCAUUCAUGUCCAAUUGAACGAACAUAUCCGAACGCUGCAGCUAUAUAUAACGUUUUAUAUAUAACGUUAUAUAUGGCGUUUCGCAAGCAGGAGAAAAAUGCGAUCAGCGUCAUAAAACGCGGAAUUGAAAGGGUGAUGCUUAGAGUAACCCGCUUUACGCAUGUGAUAGGAGGGAUUCGAAGUUCAUUCCUACGUCACGGAUCGAAGAUCAGUGACGCUGCCGCAUAUGCCAAGGACAGCAAGAUGAGGUGGGCCGGACACGUGAUGCGUUUCAACGACAAUCGUUGGACCAGAGCCGUAAGUGGCUGGAUACCACGCCACUUCAAACGCACCGCAGGAAGACCGAUGGUCAGACCUCUUAACGAAAUCCUUCGAAGGAAAAUACGAUGCUCUUCGACUCUCUCGCGAGAAGAAAUGCCACUGGACAACACUUGCGCGCAAUCAGGACAAAUGGAAGUAUUACCGGUGCCCGCUCGAGCAAAUCGAUGA